GGAGGCGGCACCGAGCCCGAGCCCCGCUCGGCCGCGGCGGCGGGGCCCGGUGGGCAGGGCAGCAUCCCCAUGGCACUCUUCACAAGAGCCAGCAGCCAUCUUAAUACCACCAGCUCUGUUCCCUGUGGAGCAGGUAACACAACAGAACCUGACCUGCCACGUUCACACGCCUACUAUGCCCUCUGUUACUGCAUCCUGAUUUUGGCUAUCAUCUUUGGGAACGUGCUGGUCUGCUUAGCUGUGCUGAGGGAGCGCACCUUGCAAACCACCACAAACUACCUUGUGGUAAGCCUAGCAGUGGCGGACUUGCUGGUGGCUACUUUGGUGAUGCCAUGGGUAGUGUACCUGGAGGUGACUGGGGGAGUCUGGACUUUCAGCCGCAUCUGUUGCGAUGUCUUUGUCACGAUGGAUGUCAUGAUGUGCACAGCCAGCAUUUUAAACCUCUGUGCCAUCAGCAUUGACAGAUACACUGCAGUGGUGAAACCAGUGCAGUACCAGUACAACACUGGGCAGAGCUCCUGCAGGAGGGUCUCUCUCAUGAUCGUGGUAGUCUGGAUGCUGGCAUUCGCAGUGUCAUGCCCUCUCCUCUUUGGCUUCAAUACUACAGGGGAUCCCAGUGUCUGUUCAAUAUCCAAUCCUGUUUUCAUAAUCUACUCCUCUUUGGUAUCCUUCUACCUCCCCUUCAUGGUGACCCUUCUGCUCUAUGUCCGGAUUUACCUCGUGCUAAGACAAAGGCAAAAGAAGAGAACCCUCAGUCGGCAGUGCAGCUACAGCGCCAGCACCAAACCAUGUUAUACACACAAAGAACACAACAAGAGGAAAACUUUGCCAAACAGAUGCCAGGACCCAUUUUCCCCUUGUCUCCAGCUCAAAUGCUCAGACCAGGAGAUGUCUACCAAAAGAAAGUUGCUGACUGCCUUCAGCCUCCAGCAGUACCGCAGCUUCUGCCAAGAUAGAUCUCUCAGCGAGACACCUGGGACUCCACAACAUAACAGGCUGGAAGAGAGGAGAAAGAGUAAGAACCCUGGGCUGGAGGUACAGAGGCUCAGUAAUGGCAAAACUGUCAGCUCUCUGAAGCUAGCACACCAGCAGCCCCGGCUGAUCCAGCUUCGGGAGAGGAAGGCUACACAGAUGCUGGCUAUUGUCCUGGGGACAUUCAUAGUCUGCUGGAUGCCAUUCUUCUUGAUUCACAUCCUCAACGCCCACUGCCCCGCCUGCCAUGUGCCCCCAGGGCUGUACAGUGCCAGCACCUGGCUUGGUUAUGUCAACAGCGCCCUCAAUCCCAUCAUCUACACCACCUUCAACACCGACUUCCGCAGAGCCUUCCUCAAGAUCCUCUGCUGCUGACAGCAGGGCCAGCAUUUCUGGUUGUUCUGGGAAUGCACUGAACCUCAUCCAAAGCAUGGCCAGAAUAAGGAUUCAUCCUGACUGCUGCAGUACCUGCUCUCACAGCACAGCCCUGGGGAGCCAGUUUCGAUAACAUCCCUUCAGUAAGAAAGGACUAGCACCUCAGGCCAGUUCAUCAGCCCCAUUGCCAACCCAGAUGUCAGCACGCAGGCUGGCCUGGUUUCCCACAGCCGUUCCAGAGCAGUCCUUCCAUGGUUUCCUUUCCCCAUGCUAUUUCACAAAUCCAUCUCCAGUAGUUCCUAGGUCAAAACACCAAAUGAGUCCAGCUAGGCCAUGUCAGCUGGUCUCAUGCCAGAGCAGCCUAAUGCUCUUCUCCCUGUACAGAAAAACCCAUCCUGGGACAGUCCUGAUGUUUCUCCCAUUUUCACCUCUCACUGUACAGGAUCCAGAGAGACUCACCAGGGGCCCCAGCUCUUUCUCCCAAGCUUUGGCUUAGCAGUGUUGUUAGCGACACGUUUGACAGCUUUGGGCAUAACUACAAGUCAUCUCUGCCUUCUACACCUUGGCUCCUCCAUCCAGGCAGUGCUUCCUUUCUUUCCUAAUACAAAGACAAAACAUUGUCCUUCUUUUGUUUGAUGGGUUUUGGGGUGGGACGCUAGUGAACACCAUGUAUUGUUUGCGUGGAGAGAUGCUUUUCAUACUGUAUUGUAACUGCAUUAAUACAAUAAAACACACAUCUAAUUGGAA